ACUUGUGCCCAACGCUAAAAGCCCACCUCUCCUCUCUCUCUCUCUCUCUCUUCUGCUGCUGCGUGAUACGGCAGGAGGAGUAAUCUAAGAGGUGUGCCGGGGUUAAGAAGCAGCGCCCCGCAGCAGCGAGGACGGCGACGGCGGAUUCAGGCGGAAGUGGUGCUACUUCGUCGCCGGCGCUGGCAAGAGGAAAGGAUUAAGAGUAAAGGAUAGAUUGAUGGAUUGGUGGGACAAAGUGAUCUUCCCCGUCCGCCGCGUUUGGGUCGCCGUUUCUGCUCGCGUCAAGUCCCGCAAACACGGUAGUGGCGGGAUUCUGAUGCUUCACAACGACGUCCAGACUUGCGGGUAUGAGGACGUCCAAGUCAUGUGGGAAAUGCUGCGGCGCUCCCAACUUGAGAUCAUCAACGGCGGCCGCAGCAGCAGCAAUGGCAAUCUCCUGAAGCAGCAUCGACCGUUCUGGCGAAGCUUCGUGUGGUCGAAUGCUCGUCGUAAUCGCAGGACGAGCGGCUUCACUUCGCCUCUCGUGGCUGAUAUAGCCUGAGUUCACAUAGUCAGUAAUCAAUCCCUCUCCAGGCAGCCGUCAAUGCAACCGCGCAUGGUACAGUGCUGUUUUACUACCAUCACUUGUCAAUGUCUGCGCAGAAUACAACCCUGCUGCGGCCUCCUUCUGUAAAUACCAUAACUUGGUCUUUUGCUUCGAUGAAAGAUAAAAUCUAUUUAAAAAAUAAAUGGAUGUUUGUGUCUCUGACAAUUUGGAAUGAUUUGGUG